AUGGCCGGUGUACUCUGGGUGACUUUGACGCUAGCAGGUAGCAUCUACUACCUCUAUUUGUUGCAACCCCGUUUUGCCAACGACCUCAUCUGGCCCUUUUACAAUACCAGCGGGUAUCGCAUCUUCUUCGUCGAUGUACUCAACGCCUUCCUUGAGACUGCGCCCGACGGGUCUCUCAUUGAUGUCGGCUCAAUCGCGCUUGAAGGACGGUACGAAGGUGUCCUCGUCGAUGCCACUGUGCACCCCACGUAUGCCAUGUCUCUUCUCGCGGCCAAGCUCACGACACUCGAGUUUGCGAUUGGAAGUCUUCGCAACUUGUCGGUCGCGAACGUUCCGUGGCUUCCGACGGCGUACUGCUGGGUCGAUCUGCACCAAGCGUUCGAGCUCGCGCAUACCGAAAUGCGUCAGCAGCGGUGCCGCGAUCGGUAUGCGGCCAACGGUGCCGUGUACCUCGAGGCCAUUUUGCGCAACACCGAUUAUAACGCCUUCCUCGAUCGUUUUGGCGGGAACGACAGCGCCUAUGGGUAUGCGAUUGAACGCGGUCUCAUGGCAUCAGCGCGUGGUGUCGCGUUUCUCGACUCGCUUCUUCGCGUGCGCACGACGGUCGCCGACGAAGCCGUCGUGUGGCGACAAUGUGGCAUCACUCGCUUUUGCUACGAAUGGCAGAACGCUCAACUUCCCGCUGUCGUCGAGACAGCGACGAUCAUGAAUGCACUUGGUGUCGCGACGCCGCUCACGCUCAAAAGCACUGCCCGCAACAUUGGCGCGUGGACGUCGAGUGCGUUCCAUCGCAUCUGGUUCAUGGACCUCGUGGAUGUCUACACCUGCAGCCUCAUCCGAGACACACUUGACUACUACGGUAACGGGUCGUGCUACAGCUACCUGCCCAUGGUGCCCGGUAACGACGCUGUGUUCAUCUUUGACACGAGCCAGCUCGAUAUGACGCUUCCUUAUCUGGGGCCGUACUUUUCGGUCGACCUCUGGGUUGUGCCACCGCCAGCGAGUGUUGUGGAGCUGGUGUCAAUCCUCUCGGCUAGCAUUUACGGAUCCCUCAACAGCACGACGGCCGCGAUGUACAAUGCGUUGCCGACGCUGCGCCUCGCGCCGAUGCCGCUAGCCUGGACAAGCGGUCCCUAUGUCUUUUACGGGGGCAGUCCGCUUUGCACGUAUGGAAAAGCGCAAGCGUAUCUCUUGCCACCCUUUUCUAUGCACGACCGGUGCGUCGUCCAAGCGCCAUGGACGAUCUCGUUGCCGCCAAUCUCCAUGAUCGCAGCCCUCGUACUCGUCAACGACACUGUUGACAGCAUCUGUGCGCUGCAGUCGUCCGAGACGUGCUCUUCCGUACUUUCUCGUCUCGAAUCGUUUCGUGGUUGGGAGUUAUCGAGUCUUCAUGCGCACCAUGUUCGAGAUGCCGCGGCCGCGGUUGCCAACCUCGACGUGAGCAUCAUACAGUUGGCGUCGGACGUAGACGGCAACUACACCCUGCUCAUCCAGCCCCUCCUCGAGACGGCUUUUGCGUUCUACGGCUGGGCGUUGCUUCUCGACUGGGUGCAUGGCCGCCGCGAAGUCGUUUCGUUUGAAGGCGACGACCUAACGCUCGUCCUCAUCUCGGACGCGUACGAUGUCACGCCCAGUACGUCCACUGGUGCAACACUCGGCACGGCCACCAUUGGCGUCUACUACGCGCUGGUCUACGCAUGCGCGCUUCUUGGCGCAGUGACAGUGGUCACCAUCCUCUGGGCCACCUAUGCUCGCAAUACGCUCACAAGCAUAAACUUGUUUGCAUUCAACCGUGUCGCCGGCUCGACGUGGCUCGGGCGGCCGUUGUUGCUGCUACGGGGCAUGAGCGCGAUCUUGUUGCUCAGCUCCGCGCCCAUUGACGUCACACGUUCGCAUGACGUUUUCAUGCAGCUGGCGCUGCCACGACGAAGCGUUCUCGAGACGCUUUUGUUAGCAUGGGAGGCCACCUGGAUCAGCUACGUGCUCCACGAGUUGCUCCUUCCGCUCGAUGCUGGCCGCGCCUUCUUCAUUGGGAGCGCUAGUACUGGUCUUGCGGUCCUGGGCAUUAGUGUCAUGGAACUGGGCUGGCCCACCGCUGUGGUAGCAGCCAUCGAUCGGCCUGCCAAGACAGGAGAUCCAAAGCGCCUCGUGCUCCUGCUAUGGAUUCCGUGCGUGCUUUUCGUACCGCUGUGGUUAUUGCUCUCGGGUGUUGGGCGGGCGUUCCUUGCCUGCAACCCGGCGCUCGACGGUGUCGGUCGCGUAGCAUCGGGGCUCUUUCGAUUGCAAAGCUACUACACCUUUGACCUCAAGCUAUGGCGCGUGCUUGCCGUCGUCUACCGCCUUGUGCAUCACCCCCCGGGGCCGCGAACCAAGCUGUCGACAAAACACUGGGUGCCGUGUUUCUGGGUCCUCUUUGGUGCGAUCUAUGUCAGCGUGGCCAUCUAUAGCAGUGCCGCGUAUCUCGAUGUUGCGCAAGGGACGUUUGUCAACGAUCUCAUUUGGCCGCGCUUCAAUAUGACGGGCGCGCAUCUGUUUCUAGCUCAGUGGAUGGCGUCGCCACCGCACCAUCUCCUUCUUGAUGCAGCGAGGACCGACUCGAUUGCGCUCACCAACUCUCUCGCGAUCAAUGGUCUUGGCAUGUACAAUGACACGAAAGCGAGUAUACUCGUUGCACCCCAGCAAGGCGCGCGUGUCCAGUACACAAGCCUCAUCGCAUUGGACGAAGCCAUCGUCGGUCUUCGGUCCUUGCAUCCGUGCGACGCGCCCUGGGUCUUUACGCCGUACUGCUACCUCGACUUGGAUCGAACGUGGGAGAUGGCCAACUCGAGGUCGCGCCAGGCACGGUGCUUGACCAAGACACAGAACGGAGCGGUCUAUCUCGCGUCUCUCUUGCGCAACGUGGAUCUGCGGGCGUGCUGGGGCGACGCGUUCGAGGUGGGCUUUGCGACCGAGCUCCGACGCUCCACGGCCGGCAUCGCGUUCUUGGCGUCGAUCGCACCCCCUCUCUGGCAAAACUACAAGUCCAUCGGUCUUUUACACUCGUACGACGUGGUCAAUGCCUAUGGCGCCGCCUACCCAUUCACGCUGCAGUCAACGGUAGGGCACUUCCGUCUCUCGAGUCAGACGUCGUUGAAAAUGUAUUGGGGACUCGCGCACGACUUGACGGGUCUUGUUGGCAACACAUCGGCCCUUCUCGGCGGCAAGAGUCUUCUCCGCAUGAGUAGCAACUUUGCAUUUGCCAACGGGUCGCUCCAAGAUGCCCUUGUCGAAGCGCAGCUGUUGCCGCCAUUUCCGUGGACGCUCAACUACCGUCUCUUGUCGUCGUACCUCGGGCCGUUUGGAUCUAUCGACAUGAUCUAUGUACCAGUGCCCCGUGUCUUGCAGCAAGUCGCAAUGACGUUUGGGGACGCCAUCGCUAUUGCACGGCAGCGCGAUCCCUUGGGGUAUCGCAACAUAUCGGCCGCAGAAGUGACGUUCCCGGUGCCAAGUGCGUGGCGAGGCACUGUGCAAUGGGCCAUGAGCGGCUCAGCUCUAUGCCCGAUCCAGACGAAUGAUUACGCACCACAAUUGUUCUUUCUCAUUAGCAGCGACGCGUUCGACAAGACUUGCAGCUCGCCAUUUCCAGGACUUGGCUUUCUGCCGUCGCGCAACCAUGUGCUUUUCGCACUGCUUCUUGCCAACGUGAUAUCGGCGUCUAAUCUGACGGCGCUCUGCGUCGUGGGCGUCACGUAUGAUAUGCCAGCGUGUGUUGCGUCCAUGCAGUUGGCAUUGGCGUAUGCUCUGCGCGUCCCACUGCCCGCGCUCCCGACUGCCACGUAUGCGGGCGCUAUCGAGAACAUUUCAUUGCAAGUGAUCCAGUUUGGCAGUACAAGCCGUUCGGUGCCAACGGAGCUCUAUGUCACGCCUUUCUUGGACCCGUUGGAUGCCGCGUUCAAUUACCACGCGUGGCUUUAUCUGUACGACUGGAUCCUAGGACAACGCGAAGUCAUUUCAUUUCAAGCCGACAACGGAACCCUUACUCUUUUGGGCGCAGGACUCACGUCCAUCGAGUCGUCUGUGGAUACAACCCAGCUAUCCACGGUCUUUUCCCUCUACGCGCUGCAAGUCGUGCGCUACGUGACAUUUGUGAUGCUCUUGUUGGCGGCUGUCACUGCCGUCUACAUUCUUGCGGCGCGCGGCCACGUCGAAGGCCAAAACAUGCUGGAGCUUAGUCGUGUGGGGGGCAUUGUCUGGGUCGGUCGCCCGCUCAUCGUCGUGCGCGGUAUCACUGCGAUUUGUCUCUUGUCGACGUCGUCUGUCGAGCUCGAGACGGAUGGUAUCCUGAGCUUCUUUGUCAUGAAACAGGUGCCGAUCUACAUGACAUGCCUCGCCGCAAACGAAGUCACGUGGUUUGUCGGCGUCGUCAACGACGUCUCGGUCGUCAUGACCCAGAACUACACAAUGACGUAUGCGAUGAUCAACAGCUUGCUGGUCUGGCUCGUCUCGGCCUGCCUCGCGACGCUCGCACCCGUACGACCCACGGUCACGAUCGCCCCGACAUGUCGCCUCGCCGCAUUGGACUUCCAAGUCGUGUGCUCGAUGGGGCAGUACCUCUUCAGCGUCGAAGGCUGGAUCAAGCAUGAUACGUACUAUCUGGACCGCGCGUCAGGUGUCUUGAACGGCCUCCUCAGCCAGCACAAGAAACCCCACUGA